UGAGGGUUGUGCAUUUAGUUUCCCCCAUUUGCAAGGCCACUUGAGCAUGUGCUAGCUGGACUAACCUUGUCUUUAUUCACCAUGUCUUUACAAAGGCUCAUGCAACAACAAAGCAGGAAUGGCAAUUUGGACUACUGCCCUGGACCCUCUUGUAAAUCUUACUUCACGCUCACGGGCACACUCACCAUGGAGGAUAACAGAAGGCUUCAAGUGCUGGCAGAUACAGUGGCGACUUUACCUCGGGGACGAAAACAGCUUGCAUUGACAAGAUCAAGUUCUCUGGGUGACUUUUCAUGGUCUCAAAGGAAGCUCGUUUCUCUGGAAAAGCAAGACAACGGAAUGUUUGGAUUUGAAAUUCAGACACACAGGCUCCAGAAGCAGAAUAUUUGCUCCUCAGAAAUGUUUACAAUCAUCUGCAAAGUACAAGAGGACAGUCCAGCUCACUACGCAGGCCUGCAAGCUGGUGAUGUCCUUGCAGGUAUCAAUGGCGUGAGCACAGAAGGCUUUACCCACAAACAAGUGGUUGACCUGAUCAGAUCGUCAGGGAACCUGCUAACGAUAGAGACUCUUAAUGGAACAAUGAUUCACAGAAGAGCAGAGCUUGAAGCAAAGCUGCAAGUUUUAAAGCAAACCUUGAAGAAGAAAUGGGUGGAGUUCAGGUCUCUACAGUUACAGGAACAGCAUCUGCUUCAUGGUGAUGCCACUAACUCCCCAAGUUUGGAAAACCUGGACGUGGAACAGUUGUCUUUCUUUGGAAGCCUGUCUGGGCCAAGUUCAGCCCUUGCGGACCAGAAUCGCUUAUCCAGUGAGAGCAGCUGUAGGAGCUGGCUGAGCUCCAUGACAGUGGACAGUGAGGACGGCUACCAAACGUGUGUGUCCGAGGAGUUGACCAGAGGUGCCUUUAGCCGGCAGACAAGUAUGGAUGAUGAGUGCUUUGUCUCCAAGGAUGGGGAUGAUUUCCUGAAGGGCUGUUCUUCAAGGAGGAACCGGAGCAUCAGUACCACCAGCAGUGGAUCCAUGUCUCCCUUGUGGGAGGGCAAUUAUUCAAGCAUGUUUGGGACUCUGCCCCGGAAAAGCAAAAAGGGGAGUGUCAGGAAACAAUUCUUGAAAUUUAUCCCUGGCCUUCACCGUGCAGUGGAGGAGGAAGAGAGUCGUUUUUGAUGGGUCACUGUGGCCUUUUAAACUGGCUUAUGUCACACUGUUCCUUCACUGGCCUAGAUCAACCCCACCCAGUUUAGUGGGAAAGUGCAAUUGGAUUGUGAAACUGACAUCCAUUCCCCAGCAACAGGGAUUUUUAUUUAAAUUUUUACAUCAUUGCAUUUACUUCUUAAAUCGUGUUUCAAUCAGAGCAGCUCAUGUUGUAGGCAGAACAUAGGGAAAUGAAGCAAUAUGUUAGAUAAUCUAUCAAAUGCAUACACACGCCUGCCCACUCUAUUGCAGCUGAUAAAAGAAAGAAUAAUAUUUAUUUUGCAGGUUCGGCACAUAAAAAUUUGAGAAAUUUUUGUAAGAAAGCAACAGGUUAUACUUAUCUCUUUUACCUUCUAUAGGUAAAAUUUGUUCAGUUAUAAAACUUCAUGUUUGCUUAAUUGAACUCAGUGGCUUCUGGGGAUCAUUAGUACUAGGCAAUUUGGAAUGCUUCUGUUUAAAUCAUUAAAGUGUAAUAAGCACAGAUGGCUAUCAGCCUUUCUCACACUCAUAGUGACAGUACAGCAGGGCAUGUAAUGUUUGAUAUGAAGUAUGAAAUCAUAGAGCCACAGGAAGAUGGCAGUGAGUUAGGUGCUGAGGGAGUUUGUAAUAAGACCUUUCUAAUUGGCAAUCUAAUGAAAAAGUGUAGGCAUCUUGCAAUGUUUGCCCAUUUAGGUUUUUGUUUUGCAUUAACUCAGUCCUCAGGAUCCUACAGCUUUGGAUUUUAAAAAG